CUUGUUACUAAAUGUGAAAAACAUACUGAGCCAUCCAGCCAACUGCCUCAAAUCAACAGCUCCGGCACAACACAACUGCCAAAGCCAGGCCCAAAACCUUCACCACCAUAAUGCACCACCACCAACAACCGACGCUGCCACCACCAUUUGCCCCUAACGCCUCCGCAACAACUAACCUCCCGAAAGACCACACAAGAAUCACUCUUUACAUAAUUCUAGCCACCUCUUUCUUUUCCCUUCUCUUCAUUAUCUCCAUCCCUUCCCCCUCAUCAUCCACCUCCUCCCAAUCGUUUAUCAAAAUCCGACCCGACCCGGUCCUUUUCCCCGAUCGACCCAUCUCCCCAACCGAGCUCCCCUCCGGACCCGCCCCUCCCUCCAUUGCUUACCUCAUAUCCGGAUCUGCCGGCGACUCGGCUCGGAUCCUCCGCCUCCUUUUCGCUUCCUAUCACCCGAGAAACCAUUACCUACUUCACCUUGACCUGUCUGCUCCGCAGACUGAACGUGACCGAUUGGCCGUUACAGUCCAAUCAGUGCCCAUUUUUAAAGCUGCCCAGAAUGUCGAUGUUAUAGGGAAAGCUGAUUAUGCUUACCCGAGAGGGUCCUCCACAAUCUCUUCUACUCUUCAUGGUGCCUCCGUUUUGCUACGGUUGGCUUCGAAUUGGGAUUGGUUUAUCUCUCUCAAUGCCGGCGAUUACCCGCUUGUUACUCAAGAUGAUCUUCUUCACAUUUUGUCAUACUUGCCAAAAGAUCUCAACUUUGUGAAUCACACCGGUUAUAUUGGCUGGAAAGAGUCCAAGAGAUUGAAACCGAUAAUUGUUGAUACAGGGCUUUAUCUUUUGGAAAAGCAUGAGAUAUUUUAUGCUUCUCAGAAGCGGGAAUUGCCUAAUGCUUUCAGGUUGUUUUCAGGUUCAUCUUUUACAAUGUUAACUCGUAGUUUUAUGGAGUUCUGCAUCCUGGGUACAGACAAUCUUCCAAGGACUUUGCUGAUGUAUUUUGCAAACACGCCAUAUUCAUUCAUGAAUUAUUUCCCUACUGUCCUUUGUAACUCUGAUCAAUUCAAGAGAACUGUGAUAAACCAUAACCUACAGUAUAUAGCCUUCAACAAAUCCUCUACGAAGAAGCCUCCCCAAAUGAAUUCUGCAGAAUUUGAUGCGAUGAUUCAGAGUGGAGCUGCCUUUGCGACACAGUUCCAGUUUGAUGAUCCAGUACUUGACCGUAUCGACCAAGAAAUUUUGAAACGCAGCCCUGGCAAAGCUGUACCAGGUGGAUGGUGCUUAGGUGAGCCUGACAAUGGCACAUGUUCAGUUUGGGGGGAUGCUGAUAUCUUGAGACCUGGUCCAGGGGCAAGAAGACUUGAAAAACGUAUUGUUGAAUCACUUUCAGACGGUAGGUUUCAAUCCCAGCAAUGUCAAGAAGAAUGAUCUGAGUCAAUUACCAUGAAAGGGGAUCAUAUGAAACGGGAGAAGAAAGAAGCAACUAGUGAUAGAGUUCUCUUUCCCUCAAUCCAAUACUUCCUACAGAGUUAACCGCGGCCUUGUCAAUUUUUUAGGAGCACCAAAUAUUGAUCAAGCACCCAGUUUUGCUAUAAAUUUUUUAAUAGCAACGAUUCAUUUGUUAUUGUACUCGACAUUUGUUUAGUAGCAGAAGAAAUGCAAUUUCCAUCCUAUUAUAUGGUGUGACGCUGUGUGCUAUGCCCAUUCUUGGAAUUAUUAAAACUUUCAAUGUAUAUCGCUCUUCUCCAAGUAUUACUAAAAGCUUUCGAGCCUUUUUUACUUUUGUUUUUCCUUUGACUGAAACAUAGAGAAGGUUCCCUUGUAACUUGUAUUGGAUGUUUAUGUUAAUAUGUAUGAAGGGUCCCUUGUAAGUA